CGGACGCGGUGUCCCGCUGACCCGGCGCAGCGGCCCGACCCGAGGUCUCCCUGCGGCGUCCUGCGGGCCCCGAAGGCUCCCGGCUCCAGCGUGGUGGGAGGCGGGGAACACUGAGGGAAGAGGCCCAGGUCCAGAGGCCGGCUGUGGAAGAGCAGAAAGGGUGGCCCACCAGUACCCCGCCUAGUCUGAGGCCACGGGAGGCAUCCCAGGUCCUGCCAGUGGAGGUAACAGGGGCCUGAGCCUGCCAACAUCAGCCCCUGGCUCCCUUGGGUUGUCACCAGAUUUCUUCACUGGGCUUGCUCUACUUUUUGAUGGAUGGAGAAGACGAUGAACUUUAUAGAGAAAAAGAACACUCCUCCCCUGGGCUGAGCUGUGAAUGGGAGCCCCCCCAGCACGGCCCCGCCCAAGCCCAAGCCACCCCCGCUGACCAAGGAGACAGUGGUAUUCUGGGACAUGCGCCUGUGGCACGUGGUGGGCAUCUUUUCGCUCUUCGUGUUGUCUAUCAUUAUCACCCUGUGCUGUGUCUUCAACUGUCGCGUGCCACGGACCCGGAAGGAGAUCGAAGCCCGGUACCUGCAGCGAAAGGCAGCCAAGAUGUACACGGACAAGUUGGAGACUGUGCCGCCUCUCAAUGAACUCACAGAAAUCCCUGGAGAGGAUAAGAAGAAGAAGAAGAAGGACAGCGUGGACACGGUGGCCAUCAAGGUAGAGGAGGAGGAGAAGAACGAAGCCAAGAAGAAAGGAGAGAAGUGAGGGGCGCAUCCUGGAGGUGGCGCUGGGGCUGGCAGGCUCUGGAGCUCAAGCCCUGGCCAGGGUCCAGGUAUCUUGGACUCGAACUCAUAUAUGGACCACAGAGGCUGUGGUCAGAGGGGGAAGCUGAGGCCCAUGGCCACGUCUUCACAGCCCAUCAGGGUCGAGGACAAGACUACACCAGGUGUCUUGCCUUCCAGCUUGGACUUUGCUCCUUUCUCCCUAUCCAUGUGAGCACCUUCCUCAGCAAAGGUCGUCUGGGGCCACUGUCUCUCUGUAGAUGCAGAGUGGCCUCACAAUGCUCUCCCCACCCAAGAUGCCUCUGUCCCACCCUUUCAGCAAGGGACAGCAGUGACUAUGGAGUAACAAGAUGUGGGGUUCCUUCUGGAAGGGGAUGGCUGAACUGAAUGGGUUGGGGUGUGAGGCCACACCUAGACUGGCCAUGAAGAGGGAGAGAGGAUUGCUGACUCAGCCAGGUGGCAGCCCUGAUGGCAAGGAGACUGCUCCAAGCCUGGCAGGGGUUCUGGCCCAGGGGAGUGAGUAGAGGUGGUCCCAGAAGCAGGAGAACCCCCAGCCCAGCAGACACCAAGCUCAAGGCCAUGGGACCUACUUGUCUCCCACACUGUGACGCUGUGAUGAACCUGAGGCUACUAGGAGGCCCAGCAUGAGGCCUAGGGGCUCAGAGGGCAGGAGGGCAGGGGGCUGAGGCCAGUGGGCUGGUGGGAGCAGGGAAGAAAGCUAGGGCUUGGACCCUCUCUUGGGAAUCAGGGAAUGUUUGAGAAGUCAAGGAGGCCCACAGGCUGUUCUGGUGGCCCUUUCUAUGCCCAGCUGUGGCAGGAGGUCUCAGGGCAUAGGGGGUUACAGCAGGGCACAAACGGCCUCCUAACAGCACAAAGCUUCCUCUUCUACCACUUUCCACUCCUGGCACCUAAAAGAAGCAUCUCUACCCAAACAUCCCUGGGGGCUGAAUCCUCAGGGGGGGGAGGUGCGCAGAGGGGCUUCCCGAUGGCAUCUGGAGACUUGACUCGGGAGACACAGAGGUUUCUGAGCUGGGGCACUGCUGGAAAGCAG